AUGGAUUCGAAUAUUAGUUUAAGCACAACAACAAUAUCAUCAGGUUUUCAAUGGACAACAUCAUUUAAUGUAAAUCGUAUCAAGUUUAUCAUACUUUUACUACUUCAACUUCUCUCAAUUCCUUGUUUUCUUUGGAUUUUCUAUCAAUUUGCUCGUCAACGACAACUUCGACAAACUCUCAAUCAUCAUGUCAUUCUUCUUCUUCUGAUCAUCUCUUUUCUUUUUGUUACCAUUGCAUUACCUCUCACCCAAGCAUUUCUCUACACAUCUUAUGUUUAUCCUACAAGUGACAUAUUUUGUUCAUUAUGGACUUGGAUUCAUUAUUCACUCAAUAUUAUCAAUAUGUUUCUCAUGGCAUUUGCAAGUAUUGAACGAAAUUGGCUUAUUUUUCAUCCAAGUAUAGUUCAAAAUAGACGAGGAAAAGUUCUUUUUCAUUAUGGUCCAUUAAUAUUUUGUCUAUUAUAUCCACCUCUAUUUUAUAUCGCAGCAAUAUUCAUCUGGCCAUGUGAAAACUAUUAUGAUUACACACAAUUAUUAUGCACAUGGCCUUGUUAUUUUUAUAAUUAUAUUUGGGCACAAGUUGAUCUUUUUUUUAAUAAUUAUACACCAUUAUUGUCUAUACCUUUGUUUUGUACAAUAAUUUAUAUCCGAGUAUUAAUUCAAAAACAUGAAAUGAAACAAGAAAUGUUUAAAUGGAAUCGAGAUAAAAAAAUGAUUCUACAAUUAUGGGCAAUAUCAAGUUUAUAUUUAGGUAUGUGGAUGCCAUUACAGUUAACUGGUUUAAUAAAUACAUAUUGGGAUCCAAACUUUUUAUUACAAGCACAAGUUGAUUACAUUUAUUUAUUUCCUUAUUUAAUUCAUUUGAUUUAUCCAUUUAUAGUAUUACUUACAUAUAGAAAAGAAAUGCUUUCUUUUAGGCGAAAUGCAGUUGUUCCAGCUAUAACACUUACAGAGAGAAGAAAUAUGCCUACCAUGUUCAAAUAA